GACGUUCGACUCUGCUGAAGUGGGAUUCUCGUUUUUCCCUUUGAUCAAGCACGUUGGAUCCCCCCGAAUCAAGAUGCCCAGUUCGUGCAAGGAUAUCAGACAGGCAUUGGCGCAAUGCCUCCAGGAAUCCGACUGCAUCAUGGUCCAACGCCACACCCCCCGUGAAUGUCUAAGUUCUCCACUCCUCGAGGAACUGCCUACGAGAUGUCAACAGCUACGGAAAGGCUUCAGCGAGUGCAAGCGCGGGUUAAUCGAUAUGCGCAAACGCUUCCGCGGAAACCAACCCGUCUCGUUAGGGAAGGAGUUCGAUAAGGGUGAUCGUCACCAGCUCUAUGCGGGUAAAUCUGCUUUCCCGACUGUGAAGGAGACAAGCGGGAAUGAGGCCCAGAUGGAUCCGGAGAAGACGAGAGGCUUGUAAAUAAUGGAGGAUUCGAAGAAUGCUGGGCCUCCGAUGGCGUUGGUAUGCCCUGGUGGGCAUCUUGCCGCAGCUUGAAGCGUGUGCAGCAUCUCUUGUUCCCAGAUUACUGCUGGGUUGGAGUGGCGCUCUUCUGUGCACUGGAGUUUCUUUUCAGGAUGUUCGGUUUUCAUUUGCCAAAUACGAUAUGGAUUUACGUCAAUGUGUACGAUACUGAGUUGUGC